CUAUCUUUUAUUAUACUUAACAUGGUUGUCGUGCAAAGGUCUAUCAUUUGGUCACCACAUGAAGACCACAGUCAAUUUCUUGCUGGAGGGACUGAAUUGAAAUUAUAUCAAUGGGUUCCAGAAACAAGCGAAUUACCUGGAAGAGCACGAUAUAUUUCCACCAUUCCUGACAUCACCCUAAUGAUGGUAAAAAAUACAAUGUCUACAGAGCGUAUUUACUAACGAAUCCCUGCCUUUCCCACGAAAGUGUGCCGAUUGGUCUCCAGAUCCUAAUUGCCCUGAUUUAGUUGCCGUUGGGUUGACAACCGGAAAGACAUUACUUGUUCGCAUGCAAGAGCAUUCCUUGACAGAUUAUCCCAAUUCCGACGGUAUUGACACACCUACCCAAGGGCAUGCCACGAUAUACGGUAGUAAUAAUAGUUCGGGUAUGAAUUUAAAUACUAGACUUCAACAGCAGCCUCAACAACCUCAGCAACAAAAGCAAUACCCUUCGUUGGGUGUUAAGAUGUCACGCUCAAGUAACGUUGUAUCCUUCUCAAAGACACAUCCACACUUGUUAGCAGCUGGACUUGAUAAAGUUCGUAACGAUCCAUGUCUUUUGGUAUGGGAUGUAUCUCGUUCAUUAGACAGUUACUGCAACACACCAACUGGCUCGCAAACACCCACGGCAUUCCCUUCCAUUAGAGGGCAUGUGCAGCAGGAAUCUCGCUCCUCUAUUGGCAAUCAAUGGAGAUUAGACGGUAGAACUAAUGAUAAUUAUGAAGAUAGAUCAAGAUAUAACGACUUACCGCCCAUGUCCACACCUGGAUCAGGAUCUAGAGAACAAGGGCCAGUUCGACAAUAUGGAUCCUCAGAGGCAAUUUCAUCAUGUGCAUGGUCCGAACAUUCGAAUGCACCAUUGUUGAUUGCUGGAAUGGGAAAUAAAUACCUUCGAGUUUAUGAUAUUAGAGCAGAUCCAGGAUCAAAUCCAUUACAGUUUCAAACAAAAGCAGUUCAUGGAAUUUCAGUUGAUCCUUUUAACCCAUAUAGAUUAGCUUCUUAUACAGAGGAAGGUGUAGUUAAGCUAUGGGAUAUCCGAAAGAGUAAUGAUGCAGUUCUCACUCUCAACCCUGAAAAUAAGAACAGUUUGUCAAAAAUUGUAUUUUCACCCACACAACCAGGAUUUUUGGCAUCGUUGACCAAGGAUUCAUUUCAUAUAAGCAUUUGGGAUAUUCAAGAGACAUGCUCGCUAAAAUCGGCUGUAGAUUCUUCCGUCCAAAAGUCAUCAUCUUCUACUGCACACACAGCACCUGUAACCAAAUUGGAAGCAGGUCACUGCGCUCUUAAAAGUUUAGUGAAUGACGAAGAAGAAUUAAGCAUUCCAGUGCUUUGGAAAAGUAGGAAGACGCGAUCAAGCAAUAGGGAAUUUGCAACUUUUUCAUUCAUACCCAAUUCAAUAUCAUCGACAUCAAAACCUAUACCAAAUACACAUAAUAUAUUGACUGUCCAUAAGGACGGAAAGUUCGAAUCUAUAAAAGUCCAGGAAGCUUGUCAAAUAUCAUGGCAACCAACUGGUGGUAUGGUAAUGACUGCAAAGACAGGAUUGCGCUCAUAUUAUCCUACAUCCAUGGACGAUGACUUUGAAAGGAAUAUGGGUAGUUUGAAAUUAUCUGGGGAGGAACACAGACAAUCUAAUUUAGGCCUAGAAUUGAAUGCAAUUGCAAUUAGUACCGACAAAGCACUAGCCAAAGAAUUGGAUAAAGACAUAUCUGUUGUUAUGAGAAAAAGACUCACAGAGGGUUAUUCGAUGGAUUGUACGAAAAACAUCAGUAUAGUUGGCCAAGAUCGUAAAUUAAAGGAAUUAUGGUCAUGGAUGAAGAUUGCAGAUCAAAUAUCAACCAAGUUAUCUAAAAUAAGUAACGCAGAUUACAGUUUCCACGGCGUUUAUGGUAUUUGGAUGGGAUCACAAAGUCGUAAUAGCAAAUCAUCACCUGCAAAUACUCCGCGCUCUAGCGCUUCCCCUAAAUUAUCAAGACAACCUUCAAACCAGAGAGCAAAGGUAGCUGAGGAUAUAGCUGAUAUCAACACAGAUGUUGAUAUCAGUAAUAGUUUGCCUAUGAUUGAUACUUCUAAAUCAGCUCAAAGAAAUCUUGCUUUAUCUGCUUGUGGAUUUGCUUUUGAUAUAAAGGGGUUUGAGCUGGAAUUAAUAGAUCUUGAAUCCCGCGGAGAGUAUGACAAGGCUGCCGGUUUAGCUUUGUUUCAUGGAGCUCCAGAUAGAGCUAUUAGAGCCUUAGGUAGUGCUCGAGGUCGUGACCAUAAAGAAGAACAGCAGCGUAAAUUAAUGGCAGCUAUUCUAGCCAGUUAUCAAGCUAUUGGGGCGAAUACAAGUGAUAUAUGGAAAGACAUUUGCGAAUCAUUGAGCAAUGACAUGGUAGACAGGCCUUAUUUACGCUCCAUUUUUGCUUAUAUUGCCUCGAAUGAUUGGUACAGAGUAUUAGACGAACCCGGAUUACCAUUGCGAGAGCGUAUGGCUGUUGCUCUCCGAGUUUUGGAUGACGAGCAGAUGACAAUGUAUUUAAAUCGAACGCUCGAGAAACUGGUGAGGGAAGGAGAUGUGGAAGGCGUAGUUGUUACAGGUCUCACAUCGAAAGGAGUAGAGUUAUUUGAAAAAGCACUUGACAGAUAUGGUGAUGUCCAAACAGCUAGUUUAGUAAUGAGUUAUAUUGUACCAAAACGAUUUAAGGAUAGUAGGGUUGAGGAUUGGGUUGAAAAUUACCGCUUACUAAUGGAUCGAUGGCAAAUGUGGCACGCACGGGCAAAAUUUGAUAUUCAACGUGGUAAGCGCAUGAAUUCAAGUGAAAUUGCACCCCCUCAGGUAUAUGUUCGCUGUAAUUUUUGUGCUCAAUCUUUGGGGCAUAGUCUUGUUAUACAAAAUGCUCGGAACAGAGAAGGCAAGAGAAUGAAUGUCCAGACAAGCAAUCCUGGUGGACGAGCAUCUGGAAAGCAAAAGAGCACUGUAUGUUCAAGCUGUAGAAAACCAUUACCCCGAUGUGCAUUAUGUCUUUUACACAUGGGUACGCCCAUUGAUCAACUAAGACAGACAAUCAUUGCAAAUGAUACUCAUAAAGUUGAUCCAGCCGGCUUCGACCUUUGGUUUACCUGGUGCCAGACUUGUCGUCAUGGCGGACAUGCUGUGCAUAUGUUUGAUUGGUUCCAAAAGCAUUCUACAUGUCCUGUCAGUAACUGUACAUGUCAAUGCCAGAUAUAAGGGAUUUCAUUCCAAAUUAAGAUAAUAAAGAUGAUUGAUAAUUGUAUAAAAUUAUUUAUGCCAAAAACAAA